AUGGCGGUAAUGAUCCGAAGUACUGAAAAUCUGGCUAAUUUAACGGCCGAAGCAUCAGCUUGUUCUUGCGCAAUUUGUUUGCAAGAUAUGCCGAGUGGAAACGAUUGUUGGAUUACUUUCUGUAAUCAUGUUUUCCACAAGAAUUGCAUCGAACAACGGCUGACAACUUCACAUGAUUGCCCUGUAUGUCGAAAAAGAGUAAACAAACGAGAUCUGCAACCAAUCAACACCGAUCAUAAACCGAAGAAGAAAAAUGAAGGAACCAUCGUGACGGGAAACACGGGAGUAUUCAAUUCCACGCUACCCGAUGCAGAUCAGACCGCAAGAUUUACUGGAAACCGUGCGCGUAAUAAUAGUAAUUAUAGGCAAACCCAACCACUUGUAAAUUACGAUCGCAUAGGAGAAAUGAUAAAUGAGACAGUGAACCCUGUAGAGAAACUGAUGUUUAGUGAAAUUGAUCGCAUGCUAAGUCUUGGUGUUAUUGAGCCAUCCAGCAGUGCCUGGAGUUCAUCAAUGAGACUUGUGCUCAAACCUGGCAAG